CGGAUCGGCAACAGCACCCGCACUUUCCCUUCAGCCAGCGAGCACACGGACAUUACUCCGCUAGAGCUCCGACAGGAGACGGCUGUGCAAGUGAAGAGUGUGAUCGUUGUUUCACUCAACCAAAAAAACUAAAAAAGUGUUAAGAGCCGAACGGACCAUUCGAUUCGGAAGGUACAGUCAACUACGCUCAAUGGAAAUCUAAAAAUAUACUACAUUGCCGUCUUGGACAUAUAAAUUGCCUCUGACGAUUAGGCUACGUGGUGACACGGGAUUGUUGUUCCACCAGAAAUACUCGUGUUGCAACUGCUUUUUUGGAAGCCUCUUGCCCAAGAGGUUUUGUUUGUUUGGAUUUAAAGUAUAUUCAAGCACAUUUUGGACAUUUAUACGUCAUUACACAUCUGGUCGGAUUAUAUGAGAAGAAAUUUGUAACCGGUUUCUUCUAUAAAGUAGAACUGGGACUGACCGUCGGUGUAUGUUCAGUUUCAUCAGGAUUACUGUCAAUUUGGAAGUCCAUUGGAGUGUGCAGAGGGCCAAGCGUGCCCUGCGUUGGUUCUGGAGCAUGCGUGCGGAGGAGGAUGCGUGACUCGGCCGUGGGCUGUAGCGGUCCCAGCCUCUCCCUGCCCUCCAGAGGAAUGACCUCCCUGUGGAGCCUCUUCGUCCUCUGCUCCCUGUGCCUGCACUGCAGCUCCACUGCCAGGAUCCCUACUGCCAGGCCUGCAGACUCCGUGUCCAGUGAGGCCGCCUUCCUGGAGGAUUUCGUCCUUGGGAUCGGCGACACUCUGGACCUUACCUGCACCCCCCAGGGCGUGGCACAGCCAAUCACAUGGCUCAAGGAUAGCGCGGGACUGUCGCCUAGCAACCGCACGCGAGUGGGGCAGAGGGUGCUGCGCAUCAUCAACGUGUCUUACGAGGAUUCCGGGGUGUACUCCUGUUGGCACGGCAACACGCUGCUCGGAAACUUCACUGUAAAAGUAGCAGAUUCCUUGUCCUCUGGGGAUGAUGAAGACUACGAUGAAGAGUCGGACGAUGGAGGUAAUGGAAAUGAAGCCCCGUACUGGACCCGGCCGGACCGCAUGGAGAAGAAGCUGCUUGCCGUGCCGGCGGCAAACACGGUGAAGUUCCGCUGCGCCGCAGCGGGGAACCCCACCCCCACCAUCCACUGGCUGAAGAACGGGAAGGAGUUUAAGGGCGAGCAGAGGAUGGGCGGCAUCAAGCUGAGGCACCAGCAGUGGAGCUUGGUGAUGGAGAGUGCGGUCCCGUCGGACCGUGGGAACUACACCUGCGUGGUGCAGAACCCCUAUGGCACCAUCACACACACCUAUCAGCUGGACGUGCUGGAGCGCUCCCCACACAGGCCCAUCCUCCAGGCCGGCCUGCCAGCCAAUCAGUCGGUGAUGGUGGGCAGUGAUGUGGAGUUCCACUGUAAGGUGUACAGCGACGCCCAGCCGCACAUCCAGUGGCUCAAGCACAUCGAGGUCAACGGCAGCCGCUUCGGGCCCGACGGGGUGCCCUACGUCAACAUCCUCAAGUCAGUGGUCAGUAGCAGCACAGAGGCCCGGGUUAGACUCGUUCUGUUCAAUGUGACAGAGAAAGACCAGGGCAAAUACUGGUGUCGGGCCUCAAAUUUCGUAGGGAAAUCGGAGAACCCCUUCUGGCUUUUUGUUCGGAAACCAGUCCUCGAAGGUGGCGAUAAGGAAGAUGACUAUGCAGACAUCCUGAUCUACGUGACGGGCUGCGUGCUCUUCAUCCUCACGGUGGUCAUAGUCAUCCUCUGUCGCAUGCGGAUGUCCAGCCAGAAGACCCUGCCCACGCCACCCGUGCAGAAACUGUCAAAGUUCCCCCUCAAAAGACAGCAGGUGUCUUUGGAGUCCAACUCGUCCAUGAAUUCCAACACCCCCCUGGUGCGGAUCGCCCGGCUGUCCUCCAGCGAUGGACCCAUGCUGGCCAACGUGUCUGAGCUGGAGCUCCCCGCAGACCCCAAAUGGGAGUUUCCCCGGACAAGGUUGACCCUAGGAAAGCCCUUGGGUGAGGGCUGUUUCGGGCAGGUAGUCAUGGCCGAGGCGAUUGGGAUUGACAAGGAGAAACCAAACAAACCCCUCACAGUCGCUGUCAAAAUGCUGAAAGACGAUGCCACUGAUAAGGACCUAUCCGAUCUGGUGUCUGAGAUGGAGAUGAUGAAGAUGAUUGGCAGACACAAGAACAUCAUCAACCUACUGGGCGCGUGCACACAGGACGGACCCCUGUAUGUGCUGGUGGAGUACGCCUCCAAGGGGAACCUGAGGGAGUACCUCCGAGCCCGCAGGCCCCCCGGCAUGGACUACUCUUUCGACACCUGCAAGAUCCCCGACGAGCAGCUCACCUUCAAAGACCUGGUGUCCUGUGCCUACCAGGUGGCCCGGGGCAUGGAGUACCUGGCCUCCCAAAAGUGCAUCCACAGAGACCUGGCCGCCCGGAACGUUCUGGUCACGGAAGACAAUGUGAUGAAAAUCGCAGAUUUUGGCCUGGCCAGGGACGUACACAACAUCGACUACUACAAAAAGACAACAAAUGGUCGGCUGCCCGUGAAAUGGAUGGCGCCAGAGGCCCUGUUUGACCGGGUCUACACACACCAGAGCGACGUCUGGUCCUAUGGGGUGCUCUUAUGGGAGAUCUUCACCCUGGGGGGGUCCCCGUACCCAGGCAUCCCCGUAGAGGAGCUUUUCAAACUGCUGAAGGAGGGCCACCGCAUGGACAAACCCGCCAACUGCACCCACGAGCUGUACAUGAUUAUGCGGGAGUGUUGGCACGCUGUACCUUCCCAGAGACCCACCUUCCGACAGCUGGUGGAGGACCACGACCGUGUCCUCUCGAUGACCUCCACAGACGAGUACCUGGACCUGUCUGUGCCAUUUGAACAGUAUUCCCCCACCUGCCAGGACUCCAACAGCACCUGCUCCUCCGGAGACGACUCGGUCUUCGCCCACGACCCCCUGCCGGACGAGCCCUGCCUGGCCAAAGAGCACCAGAGCAACGGGGUACUCAGGACACAGACCUGAGGAGGACACAGCACACGCCCCAAGAUCCUCUCCUCUUCUUCCCCUGUUCCAGCAGGAGAACCGGGACGAACGCUGUACUCCAGAACAAUCGACAGCUUGUAGAACCUCAUGUUCUGUGGUCCAGGUUUUGAUUAUUAUUAUUUUUUACUGUGUGAAGCUGGGAGGGACCACUCAGCUUGAAGGUGUUCUUCAUCCAAACCCGCUCUGAAUCAAGGAUUCACUUCCUUAUGUUAGUUUUUUGUUUUUUUCUGACACUUAUGUGGUCACUUCAACGCCGUUCUGUGCCUACCAAACGCAAAGGACAGAGAGGAUGUCCGUUGGGAAGAGGGGAGUGGACACUGUUGCCAUGGACAGUUUGAUUCCCUUGUGACCUCUCCAGAGAAAAUAGGCCAGUCUCAAUCUAGUUACACCCGGUUUUACGGACCCACAGGGAGAAAGCCCUCCAUAUGGAGAUAUGCAAUAUCGGGGCCCAGUGUCAAGCACAGGGGUGCGGCUUCCCCCCCUAGACUUUUCCCCAAAUUAUCAGCCAAUGAAGGAACUAAGAGCACCAGAGUGGGAGUUUCAUCAUUCUGCUACCUGGAAUCCAUUGUGAUUGGCUGGUCACUCAGUAAACACAAUGUGAUUGGUUGGUCACUCAGUAAACACAAUGUGAUUGGCUGGUCACUCCGUAAACACAAUCUGUUUGGCCAGUCACUCAGUAAACAGAAAUGUGACUGGUCGGUUACUCGGUAGCCACACAGCUUGUGCUGGCUGUAGUCUUAAUGUGUCGCUAAGAUGAACACACUUUUUUGAAAGUCCUUCAUGAGAGUUGCAGUUGUAGUUCUUGCCAUCAGACAUUACAUGGUCAUAUUGGGAGGCUUAAAAGCAAAAGUAAAUUAAUUUUUGUUUUUGUGUAUUAUCUGAAAAAAGUUUCUAUUGUAAAUAUAUAAAUACAAAUAUGUAUCAUAAUGCUGUAAGCAGGAGUGUACUUAAAAGAAAUAUACAUUUUUUGAAAAUUUUGAAAAUCCAAACAUUGCAAUCUAGGAUAUACUGUUGUGAUCAUAUCAUUUAAUCUUUUGAAGUUUAUUUGAGUAAUUAACAUGUAUAUUUGUAAUUUAUUUAUAGACUUAACAUAUCUGUUCAAAGGGUUUAAAAAGCUAGUUUAGGAUAUUUGGUACUGUAAACGACUUGAGUUUUUCAGAUUUUAAUUUUAUAACUUAUUAACAAAAGAAAUGAGGCAGGAUCUUUUCUCAACCUUCAAAUUGGCCAAGUCCGAUUUUGAUUUUUUUUUUUUGUUUACAGUUGAAAGAAUGUAUGAAAAAGAAAUGGGAAAAUUAUUUUAGAUGCAUAAUUGUGUCGUAGUUUAUACACAGAUAUAUGUGAAACUAUACACAUUUAGUCCUGGAUUGCGGUGGUGAAUUAUUUAACAGCACCACAGCAGCCUGCAAAUAGGGCAAUGACAGCAAUUACUCAGAAACAAGGCCAUUGACCUUUAACCUUUAACAGGAACCUCCAAUGAAACCACCAGAUACUUCCACAGAUCCCCCACCCCUCGUUUAACAAUCUAGCUGCUACCCAAUAGUAUUUCUCCUAGAUAUGAAGGAAUGCAUUGUGGAUACACUUCCUGAAAGUGAAUUUCACAAAGCAAAAAACAAAAAACUCUGAAUUGUGUUUUUUUUUAAUGUAUGUUUUUUUUCCAGUUUUGUUUUGUAUGCAUUGUCUUAAUGAACAGUUCUAAAAUGCCAGUGCACCACAAAGGGGGUGUGUGUAGACUGUAAUAUUUUUUUUAUUAUUAUGAUUUUUUUAAAUCUCAGAUCCAGGUAAUGCACUGUCCCAUCAGAGGCUGCCAGGACAGAAUCCCUUUGCACAAGUGCAUUGUGGGAAUCGUGGCCAAAUAUUCCUCAGUCUCUCCACAGCUGUCCCUGGUUGACAUGAGGCGAAGGUUUAAAAUGUUAACGGGCUCUAUAAUUAGUGACAAUUGCAAAAGGGAAUGGUGUAGGAUUACCUAGUGGCAUGUAACAGCAAAAUGUGUCUUGCUGCUAAAAUGCGGGUAACUGCUAAUUCAGCGUUCCAUGGCAGUUACUUCAAUUUACAUUAUGCUUCCGCUUGUCGGAUAAUUGGCCCAUUUUAUUUGUCUCUAAAGUGCCUGGAACUUGUCAAAAAUUAGGGGAGGGGAGUGUAGUUAAUUUAAGAUUAACUUCAUUUGAAUGUAUCAAAUAUCUACGGUUGCCAAACAAGGGGGUCUUAGAAGACCUGGUGUUUUUUUUUUAAGAAUCUGAAAAGAAUAGGCACUUGUGGAGUAUGAUUUGGAUUGGAUGUUGAUGUAUUUUGACUUUGUUCUUCCAAGUUGGGUAAAAGCUUUCCCUAUGGUGAGAGUGUUUUUAUUCGUUCUGUGUUUUCCUUGCGAGGAGCCAGCUGAAAGGCAACACAGACAGGCAUUGUGUCGUGUAGCCCUGGCUUGUGUAGUCUUUAUGGAGCUUUCGCUCCUGUGGCGGGUAAUAGGGACUUCUGCUAUCUGAUGGCUCGGCCUGGUUUGACCUUUGAACCUUCCCUGGCUGACCAAGGGGUGCCUUUUCUUGUGUUCGCUUCUACUACUGAUGGUCAUCCAAUAUGUUUCUUAAGUAACAAAGCAGAGAUGGUGGUGUGCGUCUAUUCAAAUCUGAAUGAAGAUCCACCGCACACAUUGUUAUUUAUUGUAAUGUAUUUAUAAUGAUUCUGGUUUUAUAAAGAGGGAACUGUGAUUCCACACCCACAGUUUUUUUUUUUUUUUUUUUACCUUGGUAGAAAAAGCUGAAUUUCAGACGGAUUGAGUCGGCAUUCCGAGGUACGCCAAGUAGCUUAUCAGCAGGGGGACUCCCAGAAAGAGUGCCAGUCGAACUCUUAUAGUACUCCAGAACUUCUCCUCUCCUAGAUUGGAAUGCUUAACCAUCAUUCUUCCAGCCAGUUAUCCUUAUUUUCUCUUGUUUUAAGUAUCUUGAUAGUACCAUGAAGCUCUUACUAGAAGAAAACAUAAUUUAUAGUUGGAAAUUACAUAAGUGAUUGUUGUACAUUGAGUAAGUAGAUUUUAUAUAGCUGUGUGAUUUGUUUUUGUUUUUUUGUAAAAUUAUAGAAAGGAAAGUUCUCCUUUACAGUAUUUUCUUAACAAAACUCAUUACAGUACAUGCAUUCCAGCUACCUAUUCCUGGCGUUUAAAAUGAAAUUGCAUACAGGUAUGUGAGCAAAUUUUCAAAAGAAUUAAGACUAGAUAUCUAUAUAAUUUAUUUUUUUCUCAAUAUUCUUUUUUUUUUCAUUUGUAACAGAAAUGUAGAAAAGGCUGACUAAUCUAAUCAUUUGAUAUGUAGAACUUUUUGUAGAAUUCUUAACGGUUCUCCUCUGUGUUUGGACCCUUCGGACGCAGUGUUCUGGUACAUUCCGCUACACAACACCCCGCGCAUUGUCACCCCAGACUGGGUGAACAGAUUUUUUAUUUUCAUAUCAGUCGCUGUGCCUGACAAAAAACUAUGCUGUUGAAAAGUUUUUUUCAAUAAACACAUAACAAACCACA